UAUCAUAACUUACAAUCCUGCUAUUUAACAAACUGAAGGAUCAGGUUUCUGCUAUUCAACGUAAGCAGUCUGUCAGUGACACAGAGUGGCACUAACUACCUGCGAUGUAUCAAACAAACCGCUGGGUUGGAUCCUUGUUGAUAGCCAUCGGACUUUGUUCAAUAACACCAACAGCUUCUACUGUCUCAUGCACUACCGACGCCUGUUCCGUGGAGCAACUAGAAUCCGCUGCUAGAAUCGUUAGAAUUCGGGAUGCUUCAAUCAACCCUUGUGACAACUUCUACCGAUUCGUCUGCGGGAAUGCCAAGAAAGCGAAGGAAGCUGAAGCACAUCCCUUGACAAAGGUUGACUACGUAGACCAUUUAAUCCAAAAAGGAGUUUCUGAUUUCAAACCUUACAGACUUAUUGAAGACUUCUACAAGACAUGCAUCAACAAGAAUGCAAAAGGACAACAAGCUCUGGUGCUGCUGAGGAAGAUCAUCAAGAAUUUGGGUCGCUGGCCGGUUUUAGAAGGAGACCAGUGGAAGGAAUCUGGGUUCAACUGGAUCGACUUCUCUAGCAACGCCAAGAAGGCUGGAUUUGAUGUUAAUUUUUUCCUGGAUUGGGUUCCAAAGCCAAUUUAUGUUGGGAGUCGAAGGAGUCUAAGCUAUUCGUUGAUGAUGGCAGAGAGUUACUUCGACCCUGCAAUGACUGAGAAGACAACUCUGCAGCGGCAGAUUUACGGUGACUACAUGUUGAAGAUAGCUGGGCUUCUUGGAGCAGAGGUUGAUGACUUUGUCAAAGACAUGGAAGACGCCUUUGAAUUCGAGGAGAAGCUUGCGAACAUCAAUGCGAUGGAAAGUGGCGACUUUCCUCAAGAUGUCACGGUGGAAGAAUUGCAGAAACGGUGGCCUAGUAUCAAUUGGAAGCGGUUCGUUGACAAGACUCUGAUCCCCUGGGUAGACACUGAUAACCCGAUUUUGAUGGUGUGGAAUGAUUCUGCUUUGACGAAGUUCGCUGAGUUGAUGUCCAAGACUCCGAAACGGGUGCAAGCGACUUACGGGAUCUGGAAGGUGGUCCAGUACUCGAUUCCUUUCUUGACGGAUGAGUUCAGAGAGAUGCAGAAGCUUUUUCAUAGAGUUGUAGGACAUCUAGAAGUUCCUCGGAAAGAGUACUGUAUUAAUAUGGUUAAAAAGUACUUGAAAAUAGCUUUGGAGUACAAGUACUUGGAUCAGCACAAGAGCAGCCAAGCGAUGGUUAGAAGCAUUGGUGAGUCUAUCAAGCAGGAAUUGAUCAGGAUGAUGAAUGAGUCGAAGACUUUGACCAAGGAAGCUCAAAUGGAUGGGAUUAAGACUGUUGAAGAUAUUCCUUUGACUAUUGGGCCUACGGCAAAACUGGGAAAUUCAAAGGAAUUGAGGAAGUACUAUGCAGAUGCGAAGGUUGUUAAGGGUAACUUCCUUCAGGCUGUCCUGAAUUUGAAUGUCUUUAAGAUGAAGAAGGAGUUUUGCAUUGAGACGGAAUUGGAAGUAGCUAAGUUUAAUGAAGAUUAUUCGGUUGAUCCAGAAAUGCCGGAAAUGCAGAAUGAUAUUCUAUAUAUCCCUACAUCGAUGAUUCCCGGCCAAUUGUUCAACCAAAACCGUCCAAUGUCCUUGAACUUUGGUGCUACUGGUAGUUACAUCGCUUUCAACCUUGCUGAACCACUGGUCCACAUUGGAACCAACUUUACAGCUCUAAUGCAAGGAGAAGAACCUCCAAAUCUCGAAUGUUUCCGUCAGCACUCCGACUUACCAGCAGAGGAGGCUAAAUAUUACAUUCGUCGCACCAAGCCUGAGAAUCUGAUCACCCAGUAUCUCGGAUUUCGCAGUUCCAGAGCGGCUUAUGAAACCUACGAGCACCAACAUGGCGCAGAACCUCUUUUGCCAGGCGUUCCUUACACCGGAAGGCAAUUGUUCUGGAUUGAAUUCGCUCAAUCCAUCUGCGACGAAUUUUCUACGGUCAACUAUCCUCGGACCAUUGACGGUAAGUUCAACAACAUUGAGUACAUGAUGAUGAGGAUCCUGACGUUCAUUCCCGAGAUCGGUGAGGAUUUCCAGUGUCCUGUAGGCUCCAAGCUUAAUCCGGAGCGUAAAUGCUCCUGGUGGUGAGCGGCGUUUAAUAGCUUGAUAUUGUUGUGAAAUUAAUGUACAAAUAGCUGUUAUGAAAAUAAAGGUUCUAAUUCAA